UCAGGCCCGGGCGCCCUCGCCGCAAUCACUGCAGGGACCGACUUCUCCGAGGCUUCGCUGCACUUGCAAGUUCCCCACGGCCCCGGGACAUCCGCUGCCCUCCGGCAGCUUUUGACAGCAGGAUGAUCCCCACUGUGGCCCUGCUGCUCAGCCUGGCUGUGGGAGCCACUGCUGUGCCCCUGGACGACCCUGAAGAUGGAGGCAAGCACUGGGUGGUGAUUGUUGCAGGCUCCAAUGGCUGGUAUAACUACAGGCACCAGGCCGACGCCUGCCAUGCCUACCAGAUUGUGCACCGGAAUGGGAUUCCUGAUGAGCAGAUUGUGGUGAUGAUGUAUGAUGACAUCGCCAACUCAGAGAACAAUCCCACUCCUGGCAUCAUCAUCAAUAGGCCCAAUGGCUCGGACGUGUAUGCGGGGGUCCUGAAGGACUACACAGGCGAGGAUGUCACCCCGGAGAAUUUCCUUGCUGUGCUGAGAGGUGAUGCGGACGCAGUGAAAGGCAAAGGCUCCGGAAAGGUCUUAAGGAGUGGGCCCCGGGACCAUGUGUUUGUCUACUUUACUGAUCAUGGAGCCACAGGACUGCUGGUCUUUCCCAAUGAUGAACUUCAUGUCGACGACCUGAGCAAGACCAUCCAAUAUAUGUACGAUCACAACAAGUACCAGAAGAUGGUCUUCUACAUCGAGGCCUGCGAGUCGGGCUCCAUGAUGAAGAAUCUGCCCCAUAACAUCAAUGUUUAUGCCACCACGGCCGCCAAUGCCGAGGAGUCUUCCUAUGCCUGCUACUAUGACGACAAACGCUCCACGUACCUGGGAGACUGGUACAGUGUCAACUGGAUGGAAGACUCGGACGUGGAGGACCUGUCGAGGGAGACGAUCCACAAGCAGUACCAGCUGGUGAAAACCCACACCAACACCAGCCACGUCAUGCAGUAUGGAAACAAGUCCAUCUCCACCAUGAAGGUAUUGCAGUUCCAAGGGAUGAAGCACAGAGCCAGCCCCCCCAUCUCUCUGCCCCCCGUCACACACCUGGACCUCACUCCCAGCCGAGAUGUACCCAUAGCCAUCCUGAAGCGGAAGCUGAUGCAAGUUAACGACCUGCAGGAAUCCCGGCGUCUGGCUAAGGAACUCCAAGAGCAUCUGGAGGCACAGCACAUCAUUGAGAAGACAGUCCAGGAGAUUGUGGGCUCCCUGGCAGGGUCAGAGGCCACGGCUCAGAGACUCCUGUCCUCCAGGGCACCACUCACCCAACACAAGUGCUACCAGGCAGCCGUAGGGCACUUCCGCAAGCACUGCUUCAACUGGCACGUCCCCAAGUACGAAGCUGCACUCAAACACCUGUAUGUGCUGGUCAACCUGUGUGAAGAGCCUUACCCCAUUGACAGAAUACAGCUGUUCAUGGAGAAGGUGUGCUUCGGUUACUACUACUGACCUGCCUGUUUUCUGGAACCUUCUGCUGCAAACACGUUCCCCUGGAAGGUGCCUUUUCCAGACAGAGACGAAGGUGGAGCAGCCUGAGGGUGGCUGAGCCUCCGGCUUAGAGGUGUCACGGGCUCCCCACUUUCUCCAGGCCCUGCCAUCUCUGAGACAGCUACAGGCUCAGAGACCUUCUCUGAGUUACUACAGGAUGUUUGCUCUUGGGGGGAAAAAACUCCACUACCACCAAUUCAUUUCAGGAAUAAGAAGUACUAGGGGCUGG